GAUUACUGUUAUCAGUUGUAUCAGCACAUAAUUAAUUAUUUAGCUCAUUUCUCGUUAAUUUUGACAGUGAUUCUGAAUUUUAACUCGCAAGUUUUCUAUUUGUGCACUUCUGUCGCCGAAGGCUGUUGAGUUGCGUCCAACAAUUAUCGAUUUGUUGCUAUAAAUGGGUCAUCUUGCCCUAACCUCACUCAGGGCAAACUAUUCCCAGAUUUUGAUUUUAGCAGAAUUUUUAGUAUAAUUUAAAUUUUAAAGUGGCUGUGCUUUUUUACUAUCUAUUGAUCUCAUCGCUGUAUGCAGUUGUAUUUUUGGAUACCAUGUCACUCAAGAAAAAACCUGAUAUUCAAGUGGCAACAAAUGUAACGGCACAAAAACAUCAUGUCUCUCGAGAUAAGAGAGGGCAAGUCCUUGGAAAUAUCAGAGGAUUCAGAGGAUGUACCGUGUGGUUCACAGGUCUAUCCGGGGCGGGCAAGACGUCGGUCUCGUUCGAGCUGGAGGCGUACCUGGUCUCGCGCGGGAUCCCGGCCUACGGACUCGACGGAGACAACAUCCGGACCGGGCUGAACAAGAACCUGGGCUUCUCCCCGGAGGACCGCGAGGAGAACAUCCGUCGAGUCGCCGAGGUGGCCAAGCUCUUCGCCGACUCCGGCGUCAUCACCCUCUGCAGCUUCGUCUCCCCGUUCGCCGCCGACCGGGAGAUGGCCCGCCAGAUCCACCAGCAGGCUGACCUCCCCUUCUUUGAGGUCUUCGUCGACACCCCCCUCACCGUCUGCGAGCAGAGGGACGUCAAGGGCCUCUACAAGAAAGCCCGCCAGGGCACCAUCAAGGGUUUUACCGGAGUCGAUCAGGAAUACCAGAAACCAGAGUCGCCUGAACUUGUCGUCAAAACCGUCGACUGCAGUGUAGAAGAAAGCUUCAUGCAAGUCGUUGCUCUGUUAGAGGAACAUGAAAUCAUUCCUAAAAGGAACGAAGCAUGCGGUAUGAUUCCAGAACUGUUUGUGCCUGAAAAUAGAAUCUCCGUAGCCAAGGCUGAAGCAAUGGAACUGCCUCGAUUAGAAAUUUCAGCUGUUGAUCUCCAAUGGGUGCAAAUUUUAGCAGAGGGUUGGGCAACACCUUUAAAAGGUUUCAUGACAGAGGAUCAAUUCUUACAGGCCCUUCACUUCAAUAGCUUAGCAGACGAUGUAAAUUUGUCCAUAGCAAUUGUCUUACCAGUUACCACAGAAGACAAGGACCGGCUUUUUGGAUGCAGUGCCUUUACCCUGUGGCACAACCAAAAACCGCAUGCCAUCCUUCGAACUCCCAGUUUUUAUCCCCAUCCUAAAGAAGAGAGGGUGGCUCGUCAGUUUGGCACGACCCACAAAGACCACCCACACAUCAAAAUGAUUUAUGAGAGUGGAGAUUGGUUAGUAGGAGGAGAACUAGAGGUUUUGGAACGGAUACAAUGGAAUGAUGGUCUUGAUGAGUAUCGACUAACUCCAAACGAACUCCGAGCCAGGUGGAAGUCAAUGAAAGCAGAUGCGGUGUUUGCUUUUCAACUCAGGAACCCCAUUCAUAAUGGGCAUGCUCUUCUUAUGCAGGACACAAAGCGUCGUCUCCUGGAGCGUGGAUUCAAGAAGCCUGUUCUGCUCUUGCAUCCUCUUGGAGGCUGGACCAAAGAUGAUGAUGUUCCACUCCCUGUGCGCAUUGAGCAACAUAAAGCUGUUUUAAAUGAAGGAGUCCUGGAACCAGACUCUACUCUUCUAGCCAUCUUCCCUUCACCGAUGUUGUAUGCUGGACCCACGGAGGUUCAAUGGCAUGCCAAAGCAAGGAUGGCUGCAGGAGCUAACUUUUACAUUGUGGGUCGUGACCCUGCAGGAGUCACGCACCCAGAGAAUCCGUCCAAAAAUCUUUUUGAUCCCACUCAUGGUGCAAGAGUUCUGGAGAUGGCACCAGGCCUUUCGGAUUUAGAGAUCCUACCAUUUAGGGUUGCAGCUUAUGACAAAAAAGCUAACAAAAUGGACUUCUUUGAUCCGUCCAGGAAAGAAGACUUUGAUUUCAUAUCCGGCACAAAAAUGAGAGGUUUUGCCAGAUCUGGCACAGAGCCUCCAAAUGGUUUCAUGGCACCAAAAGCAUGGCAAGUAUUAGCUGAGUUUUACCGAGCUCAGAAAAAAGAACAAUCCUAGUCUGAUGAACUUCCGAAGUCACAAGUGCCGAGUGUGCAAUUCAACGUGCAAUUUUAGGUUGAAUAGCUAGUAUUAAGUACAUUCCCGUGAGUUAUGAAUUUGUGCAUAAUCUUUUUAUCAUAUGAAUCUUCCAUUUAAAGAUUUUAUCAAAGAGAUUGCAGUUUAAACUGUGUUGUUUUCCAAUGUAUUAUAAUUGUACAGUUUUUGCAUAUCAUGUUUUAUUCUGUUAAAAUAAUUUGUUUUUUAGGAGGUGUUGAUAUCUUGUUGAGACUGUUUGAAUGUACCAGGGAACCAAGAAAAAUUAUUUCAAAGCCUAACAUAAAAUGGAAAAAAUUCUUAUUUGGAAUCAGGUAGUCCAAUUUUCAAAUUUCUAACUUUGGUUUUCCUCAUAAGACAGAGCCUUAAAAUAUUUUUAUCAAUUACGAAUAGAAGUUCUCAUCUCAUUAAGUUUAUGACACUGCUGAAAAUGCACAAUAUUGCCUUUUACAUAUUUUGCAUUUUAAUAUUGGCGUCUUCACAACAUUUAGAAAUUCCGCCAGUUUUAUCUAUGCUGCCACAUUCAUUAAUAGUGUUGCCAUACCGUUUUAAUAUUGAGUUUGGAUUUUCUUUCUCUCUCUCAAAAUUUACAUGUACUGUUUUUUUAAAUUCUUUCCUCUUGUAAAACUAAAUUUUUUUUUAUGCACUGCGGCAUCUACCUUCCUACGUAUCUCAUUUCGUGUAAUCAUUGGGGCGGACAUUCUUCAGAAAGUUAAGGCUAUUACUCUGUCAUGAUAACAGUCAUAAUAUUGAUUGUUUUUUGCUCUACUACUAAGUCUACCACUUGUUCAUGACUUUUUAAAUUUUAUAUCUGUUUAGUUAUUAUUUAUUUUAUCCUUAAGUUUUAUUUUAUUUUGAUGAUUUCACAUGGAACAACCACCACUUAUUGUUGUCUGUAUUAUUGUGUGGCAACUAUUUCCUAAUUUUAAGAAGAAAAUGAAGGAAUAAAAAAAGAAAAUAAUUAACUUCCGUACUUAUAUUUAGUCCGUUGGUAAAAUCAAGCACAAAGAUUUAGCACAAAAUUUAAAUUUUUAAGGCUGAAAACUUAAAGCACAAAACAUUGAAAGUGACAAGACUGAAAUGUAUCAAUAGGUAGCCUCUAACCAGUUCAUUUCAUGGGAUCAAAGUGUCAAUCGAAACAAUUUUGUUCUGGAUUAUAUGAAAUAUUCUUUUACAGAAGAAUGGGGGUAUACAUUUUUUUCUUUUACUUUUUUUAAUGGAAUAAGGCAAACUUUCAAUUCACAGUCAAAAGGGGCAUGAGAAAAAUCACGAGAAAACUUUGCCAGCAGGCAGUAUUCGCAUCACUUCGGCUCCUGUCCUACCUUUUUCUUGUCUUUGAUUCUUUCUGUCUCGGCUUAUGAAAAUCAUAGACCUCCAAGAUUUUUAAUCACUUCAACACUGAAAAUGCAAGCAGAAUAGUCUCCUAUUCAUGUCAAGCAGGCCUAAUUAAAAUUAUGAAAUAUUUUUGAAUUAUUAUUGACCUUGAAAUUUCAAAUAUAUUUUAAAGCAUUUUUAUCAAUUUUUUACAAGUUGAGGUUUACUGCCAAUUACUUUGUCAUAAUCUUUGAAAAAGUGGUGCUUUUUUACUCACAGACUACAUAAGAGCCCUUCUUUUCAUAUUUCAAUUCUCAUUCAUCAGUUUUUAAAUGAUACGUUAAGGACAUCAGAUAUUCCUCCCCAGAGUUGUGCGUCAGUCGUUGCGGGAAGUGUUUACUUAAAAUUACAGCCAGAAAUAUUUUGUUCCUGUGAAUUUUUCAAUAGCCUGAAAACCGGUCUAGCAGUAAUAGUCUAUAGUUAUACAAAAAUUUUAUUGUUAUGUUAAAAUUGUAGUUUUUUUUAAUUGUUCAUUACUGAUUGUUUUUUUUUCUCAAAAAUAAUUUUUACCGUUUGUUCUGUAAUGAAUGUUACGCAUUGUUGCUCCCUUUACUUAAUUUUAACAUCUUUGUGCAAACUUAAUGAAAGUUUUACUCUGAGAAAAAGUUCAUUCCGAAAAUAUAUUUAUUUCUUCAAUCA